GUUGACGAGCUGGCGCUUCGACCUCCACGGGCCCUGGGUCCGACCCAGACUUGCCUAUUGGUCGGCUUCCUGCCGAGGAGGCCAGGCUCAGCUUAGGCCUCUCCUCCCCGGCGCGGAGGCACCUCCCCUGUCAGGGAGGGUCCGGGGCGCCCGCCAUCUUGGGCUCCGCGGUGGUGCUCGGCGGUGGCUGAGGCGUCGGCUCCGGGCAGUGACUUUCCCCUCCCCGCCCCCGCCCCUCCCGGUCUCGCGGCGGCGGCCACGGUGGCGGCGGUGGCAGCGACUCCUCCCGCUGGGGGGCGCGGCAGCGGGGGCCAUGGCGGCGACCGCUGCAAACCCUGAGAUGGCAUCAGAUGUUUCAUCAUUGGGUGCAGCCAUUGUGUCUGGAAACCCUGGACCUGGGGUUCAAGGUGGGGGAGCCAUCAGUCAGCGCUCUAUUAAGCGUCGGCCAGGGCUUGAUUUUGAUGAUGACGGAGAAGGAAACAGUAAAUUUUUGAGAUGUGAUGAUGACCAGAUGCCUAAUGAUAAGGAGCGGUUUGCCAGGUCGGAUGAUGAGCAGAGUUCAGCGGAUAAAGAGAGACUUGCCAGGGAAAAUCAUAGUGAAAUUGAACGUCGACGGCGGAACAAGAUGACGGCUUAUAUUACAGAACUGUCAGACAUGGUACCCACCUGCAGUGCCUUGGCCCGGAAACCAGACAAGUUGACCAUCUUACGCAUGGCUGUGUCACACAUGAAAUCCCUGAGGGGAACUGGCAACACUUCAACUGAUGGCACCUAUAAACCAUCCUUCCUUACUGACCAGGAGCUGAAGCACCUGAUACUGGAAGCAGCAGAUGGUUUUCUGUUCAUUGUGUCAUGUGAGACGGGCCGAGUGGUAUAUGUAUCUGACUCAGUGACCCCUGUCUUGAACCAACCACAGUCUGAAUGGUUUGGCAGCACGCUUUAUGACCAGGUGCACCCAGAUGAUGUGGAUAAGCUCCGGGAGCAGCUCUCUACCUCUGAAAAUGCUUUGACUGGUCGCAUUUUGGACCUGAAGACUGGGACAGUAAAGAAGGAGGGUCAGCAGUCUUCCAUGAGGAUGUGUAUGGGUUCAAGGAGGUCAUUUAUUUGCCGGAUGAGGUGUGGUAAUAGCUCUGUGGAUCCAGGUUCCGUGAACAGAUUGAGCUUUGUGAGGAACAGGUGCAGGAAUGGGCUUGGUUCGGUGAAGGAAGGGGAGCCUCAUUUUGUGGUAGUACACUGCACAGGCUACAUCAAGGCCUGGCCCCCAGCAGGUGUCUCACUCCCAGAUGAUGACCCAGAGGCUAGCCAGGGAAGCAAGUUCUGCCUUGUAGCCAUUGGCCGAUUGCAGGUGACCAGUUCUCCCAACUGCACAGACAUAAGCAAUGUCUGCCAGCCUACAGAAUUCAUUUCCCGUCACAACACUGAGGGUAUCUUUACUUUUGUGGACCAUCGCUGCAUAGCUACUGUGGGCUACCAGCCACAGGAGCUAUUGGGAAAGGAUAUUGUGGAAUUCUGCCAUCAUGAAGACCAGCAGCUCCUAAGAGACAGUUUCCAACAGGUGGUGAAAUUAAAAGGCCAGGUUCUGUCUGUCAUGUUCCGGUUCCGGUCCAAGAACCAUGAGUGGCUCUGGAUGAGAACCAGCUCCUUUACCUUCCAGAACCCCUACUCAGAUGAGAUUGAGUACAUCAUCUGUACCAACACCAGCGUGAAGAAUUCCAACCAAGAGCAACGUCCCACACUGUCCAACUCAAUCCAGAGGCCACAGCUGGGCCCUGCAAAUAAUCUGCCCCUGGAUAUGGGCUCUGGGCAGCUGGCACCCAGGCAGCAACAGCAAACAGAGCUUGAUGUGGUGCCAGGAAGAGAUGGAUUGGCCAGUUAUCAUCCACAGGUCUCAGUUCAGCCUGGGUCAGCCACAGGCCCAGAGCAUAGCAAGUCCCUGGAGAAGGCAGAUGGCCUUUUUGGACAGGAGAGAGACCCAAGGUUUGCUGACAUCUACCCCACCAUUAGUGCAGAUCAGAGUAAAGGCAGCGCUGUCUCCACCAGCCAGCAGCUGUUCUCCCAGGGCACCACAUUCCCCCCAGUCCCCAGAACAGCAGAGAACUUCAGAAACAGCAACCUGGUUCCUCCUGGGACCAUUGUCCAGCCACCAGCUUCUGCGGGGCAAAUGUUGGCUCAGAUCUCCCGCCACUCCAACCCCACGCAGGCCACAGCUCCUGCCUGGAACCCCAGCACCCGGCCCAGCUUUGUCGCCCAGCAGGUGGCCCCCCCACCCACAUCCAAGACCCGGUCCCCUCAGUUUGCUGUCGGUAGCUUCCAGACACCAUCUUCCUUCAGCCCCAUGACCCUCGCUGGGGCCCCCAGUGCAUCGCCAGCUGCUGCUGCCUAUCCCAACCUCACCGGCCGGGGCUCUAGCUUUGCCUCAGAGGCCGGACAGCCUUCGGGACAGUUUCAGGCUCGCACAGCAGAGGGAGUGAGCGUGUGGCCGCAGUGGCCACAGGGGCAGCAGGCUCACCAUCGAUCCAGCUCUGGGGAACAGCACGUGCAGCCACCACCACAGCAGCCUAGCCAGCCUGAAGUCUUCCAGGAGAUGUUGUCUAUGUUGGGAGACCAGGGUAACACCUAUAACAAUGAAGAAUUUCCUGACUUAGCCAUUUUCCCUUCUUUUUCAGAAUAGAACUGUUGGGGUGAGGAUUAGGGGGUGGGGGAGAGAAAUAAUUUUUUGUUUUUAAAAAAACAAAUCUUUCUGUAAACAGAAUAAAGAUACUCUCCCUUCCCCUCCCUCACCCCCAAAAUCCACCUGAUGCCCCCUUUGUUCCUUAUCUCCACUCACUUCCCUUCCCCACUCCUGGUAAAAUGGUCAGAAUCAAUGGAAUGGAUCAUCAAGAUUCUUGAGAACUUUGAAAAUUGAGGCCAGACGGACUCGGGGAUCUUUUCCCUUUUUCUCCUGACCAGAGCUUUGUGCAGAGAUGAAGCUUGGAACAUUCCAGGCUGGAAGAUACUUCACAGAGACCUCCAGAUCCAGCUGCAGAGUGUUUGAGAAUCACCUUGGAUGCAGAGACUUUUUUGGACAAACUCUGAAUUGGACCAGGGAAGGGGUGGGGGAAAGAAGUAUCUCUGUGUGUGAGGCCCAAGAAAGAGCAGGCACAUGGCUUUAGGAAUGGAUACAGGUAGUUUCUAUUGUGUAUGAGUAAAUCCUCUAGAAAGAAGUUUAUGAGAGAGAGUGAGCGUGUGUGUGUGUCUGUCUGUGUGUCUGUGUCUCUUUUGUGGCAGGGGGAUUAUGCAAACUCUGGACCCUGACUCUGUGUGUGGGUGUGUGUGUGUGUUUAAAAUAAGUCCUAAAGUGUUAAUUUCAGGUAUUUUCUGCUCCAUAUUGCAGCCAAAGUGUAUUUAGAUUAACUUCUUUGCUGUGUUCACAUCUAUGCCCAGCCAUUGUGAACAGUUGUGUGGAAGAGUUUUGUGUGGGCACCUUCCCAUUGAACAUUGUUAGUGACAAAACUGGGCCAUUCUCACUGUUGGCGGUGCUCCUCAUUUGGAGAAAACUUCAAGAACAUUAUGGAAAGUGAGCUCAGGUGCUAAAUCUUUUUUAAGAAACCCUAGACUCAUGGCCACAAGGACUACAAUGCAUUUUCUAUCAGAAUUAUACACUGUACAAGCACUGUGGAGAAAUAACCCCAUGGAAACUCAGCUUCUUGGCUUGAUAACUGCCCCAAUAAGAGGCCCUUACCCACAUUGGGCUGUGCACCUUGGUACCAACUUCAUUUCAAAAAAACGUUUCUUUCCCAAUGCUCCAGCCAGAGGCCCUUACCCACAUUGGGCUGUGCACCUUGGUACCAACUUCAUUUCAAAAAUAUGUUUCUUUCCCAAUGCUCCAGCCAGACCUAAACAGAAAAGAAUAAGACAUUUUUCCUUGUUCCUAGCACACAGAUGGAAAAUGGGUCAAUAAUGCUACACUUUGUUUUUCUCCUAGCCUUUAGAGUCAAGGUGGGUCUCUUAAAAAUUUUUACUGGGGGUAGGAAGUGUCAGGUGGGUAUAAAUAUAGUAACACUAUGUGGAAGGUGGGUAGAAACCCAAAUCAAAUAGGACUUCUUAACAUUUAACACAGCAGUCUGAUUAAAGAUAUAGGCUACCAUGGCUUUGGGGCCUUGGGUCACAAACAGUGAAGUGACAGUGGUUUUUUUCUAUUGGCUCAAGCCAGUUUUUAAUUACAAGGCUCAGUUAUUAAGGGCAAGAUGUUUUUAAUGUAGUUAUAGGUGUCUAGAAAACAGACGACCUUGGGGAGGCUGGGGGGAAUGUCAUAUUGACUUGGCCUCUCCUCUCCCCUUCCAUUUACCCUGAUAUCAGAUAGCAGAAGGACAGGGAGAAGGAAAUAUUUUAUUUUUUAAAAUUCUAUGUGCACACACACACACACACACACAGUAUACAUACAUUAUAUAUAUACAUACAUAUAUAUAUAUAUUUAUAUCACAAUUUAAGAAGCCAAAAAGUUGAGUUUCCAUUUGAAUCUGUCUUUUGAUAAUCAAUUAUUUUUAAAUGUGAUUAGCACUAUAAUAUUGUACAGUUAUUGUAGGGUGUUGGGAGGGAGGGGGAAAAACUCUGGGGGGUUUGUUCCUACUCUUCCUUCAGGGUUUUGUUUUCAAUUGUGUUUAUUUUUUUCUUAUUGGCCAUCCUUUGUCACUUGGCACCUGUGUCAAGUCUUAUGGUGGCACACGUGAUGUCAUUAUGUAGCAGAGAUUUUAAAGCAAAGAUAUUUUUUUUCCUUUUUAAAAA